UUCUUCCAAAUUUAAAGAAAAUUUAAAUAUAAAAAAAAACAGUAAACCAUACACGAAAUAAAUUUUUUUGUAGGAUACGACCUUUGAAACUCGACUGUCUCAAAAUUCCAAAAAUAUUUAGAAGACAUUUCUUUUUUUUUCUUUUUUUUUGGUUGUCGCCUUUUUUUCGAUAAUCAGUACAACUCGGAAAUCCCACUCGGAGGGCUUUCGUGAAUCCAGGGUACCGUUUUUUUACCGCUUUUGUUUUCAAAUUUUUUUAUUUUUUUUUCCCCCCGACCGAUAACUCCGAAGGGAGGCGUCGACGUGAAAAUGUCAUACGGGCUCGGUUCGAACGAGGCGUUGGAAGCAUGUUUACCGUGAGUGUGAUUAGAGGUAUCGGCAGUCCUAGCUACGCCAGGGUCGUUCCUUCGCCUCUCCCGCCUCUUCUCGUCCUUUAUCUCCGAAGUCGAGCCGUUCCGCGACGAUCUUGGGAUUUCGAAUCGCACCAAACUUUUCACCCCGCCGUGGAAACGUUUUUAUAGAGCUUUGUCAAGCACGUUGAAAGUCGCACGUUUUCAUGCCGACAUGAGGUAAUUGUUAACUUGAGUUUGAGAAGAAGUGGUUAGGAUGGCAUCUCCCUACAUUGUUCCGAAGAUCACUAUCUCAAAUCCCAAAGACUGUAAGUCUUGUUCCAAUUCAACGACAAACUUGCCCAGUUCACCUUUAAAACACAGGAUCGGGACGUGUGGAUUCUCUUGCACAGAGUGGUGUUCAGUGUGUGAAGACCAGUUGAAAUCUGGUUUCAAAGACCAAGCCGGUAAUGUCGGAUAUUCUGACAGGCCCUACUCAGACGUCCUUAGGCUACAAAAUUCAAACAGGAAUGACAAGAAAACUCGACUUGUCAACAGCUUGGAAAAAAUGGAGUUCGAUUACGAAGGGAGUGCUGAUUCUGAGAAAGGCACUGCUGGCAGGAAGACAUGCAAGCAAGAGAUGGAGAAGAUUGGAAAUGGAGACGUUUAUUGGUCCUACCCAAGGUGUGGAAAUAAUAUUUCAACAAAACAAUGGACUCCGAACCGAGUACAUGAAAAGUAUCUAAAAGAAGUUGAGGCCCUUCGUGGCAAAUUGAGAGAGCUUAGGGGCGCUUCGUCCAGAAAACUACCAGCCACACCGUCCGAGCCAGAACUGUCUUUAUUAAAAAAACAGUCUUCUCCUCCCCGCCAUACCUUUCGCAAUCCUUACAUCACACAAAAUGACUUAAAACAGGCAGAAAAAGUGUCUCAGUUACCUGACACAAAGAGGAAUAGACAUUCAAGCGAACGUGAAAGUACCAUUCACACUAAUUUUUCAGCAGCGUCUAAACGGCCAAGAGAUAAAUCACCUCCUAUGAGUAAACUGAGUGGUGAUGCCAACUUCAAAGCAACUAGGCAUGUGUCUAUCAAGGAAAAGCAUGCGUCUUACAAGUCUGAAUUAAAUCCUAUGCCCAAACAAGCUCCACCAGUACCUGAGGAUGAACAACCAACUAAGAGUGAAAGUCCACCGCAAGUUAGUGAAGAGUCGAUACCAGUUAAAGUCAGAGCAUUUCCAAAAGCAGUGGAUGCUUCGACUUCAUGCACAGAAGUAAAACCAAAAUCUAGCCAACAGAGCCCUGCAAAACUUGUUCAAACACCUAAACCUUCAGUUAUAAAGAAGGGCCGUUCAUUAUCAUACACAAUUGGUGCAACGUAUGCAAUCCCUGCAGUCGAAGACUUUGCAUCACCUUACAGUUUAGUCACACCAUCCUAUGCAGUUGGUGAUACACUAGAACAAAUCUCCCUUGAAGAAAAAAGUUUAAAGAAUGUUAUAACUGCGUCUCCUAGUUUACAAUCAGAAUCACAGCCCUUUAUAAGGCCUAGUCUCUUUCCUCAUGUGCCGCCAUAUUUAAGAUUUAUAUCUCAUGAUGCUAAAGCACCUACAAUACCUAAGUUAAUACAAAGAAGUUUAAAAUGGAAGCUUAGCACUAUAACGCCUCUUGUUGUAAGGCAUACUGUUCAAAAUUCUGGAUUCAAAUUAGUCCGUAGUACAGGAACAAACGACUGGUUGGGGAUAUGGGGCAGACAUAUGAAGUCCAUUUGUUUCAAAACUUUAAAAGACUACCAGAAAAUAAACCACAUUCCGGGCACUUUUCAGAUAGGAAGGAAAGAUAGGCUGUGGAAGAAUCUUUUUAGACUUAUGUCAAAAUUUGGUAAAAAAGAAUUUGGAUUCAUUCCUCGGACAUUUAUUCUUCCACAAGAUAUGAAAUUACUCCGUCAAGCUUGGGAUCGCACAGGAUCCAAGGCGAAAUGGAUUGUAAAACCUCCUGCUUCGGCCCGAGGGACCGGGAUCAAAGUUGUACACAAGUGGGGUCAGAUACCAAAGAAGGUUCCUGUGAUAGUGCAAAAAUACAUCUCAAACCCUUAUCUAAUCAAUGGAAAUAAGUUCGAUUUAAGGUUGUACGUAUUGGUGCCAACAUUUAAUCCAUUAAGAAUCUACCUUUAUGAGAAUGGGUUGGUGAGAUUCGCUUCAGUCAAAUAUUCUGACGAGCCUUCAACACUCAAUAAUAGGUAUAUGCAUCUAACAAACUACAGCAUUAAUAAACUUAGCAAUAACUAUGCACAAAAUGAGGAUGCUGAAGCUUGUACUGGCCAUAAAUGGACAAUAAAGUCCCUCUGGACCUACCUAGAAGGAUCGGUGAAUAUGGAUGCACUGUGGACUAGUUUAGAAGAGCUGGUAAUUAAAACAAUGAUCAGUGGAGAGUCUUCAAUCAGUCAAUUGUCCAAUUCCAACUUGACGUCUCGGUACUGUUCUUACGAACUCUUUGGUGUGGAUGUUUUGUUAGAUGAAAAUCUAAGACCUUGGUUACUAGAGGUGAAUAUAUCACCAUCAUUGCAUUCAUCGUCACCACUUGAUUUAGCUGUGAAAGGACCAAUGGUUAAAGAUUUGUUAAAUAUAGCUGGAUUCCAGAUACCAAAUAAAUUGACACAAGCUCAGCAGGAUGAAUUAAGUAAAAGAUUUGGAAUAGAAGGAAAAUUGUGUUAUGACCAUAGAUUGUUUGUGAAUGGAUUAUCACCUGCUGAAAAGAGCAAACAAUUGUUUUUCGAUAAAGUAGAAGAUAGAGAAUAUUAUAAAGAUUCUAUUUUAACAGACUUAACGCCCGAUGAUAUUAGACAUCUUGUGAUCUACGAAGAUGAAUUGACUCAAAUUGGGCAAUUCCAGAAAGUUUUCCCGACUGAGAGGACGCACACAUUUCUCCAAUACUUUGAAGGGAAUCGCUAUUAUAAUUAUCUAUUUGAUGCAUGGGAGUCUAGAUAUCAUAACAAUAGGACUGAAGGAAUAAAACUGUUAGAGCUUAAGUGCCGUGAACAAAUCCAUUUAGAUGUGACUUGUGUUGAGCCUCGAAAUUCAACACCUUAUUCGAGCGACAAUCCGAACGCGAAUGAAAAUCCAUUAGACGAAUCUCAAUCUGUUGCCCAUCACAGUGGAAGCCCAUCUGAGGAAACAACUGUUAGAUUAGGAUAUAAGUAUGGGAGGUCGAGAGUGCGGCGGAUGCUGUCAUCUAAGUGCGGUUAUGCGAGAUUUCACAAGAAGAAAGUUUGGGCCGCUGUGAAAUAAACUCAACUGUGUUGUUUGUGUAAGUUGUUUCAAAGAAGAAUAUUGCUCACUAGUGUUAUGUACAUAAGUAUAAAGUGCCUAGAAUUUUUAUUUAAUAUUUUAAGAUAGGUAGUUUAUAUUUAAACAAAAAAAUCAACGAGAAAAGUGUCCAUGUCUCUAUUUAUUCCAAAGUAGGAAUUAUUUGAUUUUGUUAAAAUUAGAUGUACAUUUUUUCUUAAUUGCCAAUGGCUAAUGUGCCUUGAAUAAAUGAAACAUAUUAGAGAAUUUUAAAAAAAAAUGAAAAUUCUUUAUAAACGUCUUUGGCAUUUUAAUUUAUAAUAUACACAAUUUUAUAUUUAUAUGUAAAUAUAUAUGAUAUAGGUGCUUUUAGAAUUAAGUCCCGGCAGUGAUCGUAUAAAUGGCGUUGAAAAGCAUUGGAAAGUUAAACUUACUGCCAUGUACUUGUAAUUCCCUUAGCAUUGUGAUUCAGAGCAAUUCUUGUUAUAAAACCGUCUGUGCUCAUUAAUUAAUAAAAAAAUAAGUGAUACUGAACAUUUGUAAUGCCAAAUCAUUUGUUCCAGUAAUUAGACUUAGAAAUAAAUAAAGAAAAAUAGAUAUAAUAAUUUUUUUAUCAUAGGGUGAUAUGUAGAUUAAUAAUUUUUUAUAAUGUAAUAGGAAAUCCUACUUAAAACUUUUUCAAUUUACCAAUCAAAAAUAUGUUUGGAUGGCAAUAAUUGAAAUUUUAUUAUUGCUGCCCUCUUUAAAGUUAUAAGUAUUUAAAUAUUAAAAUUAAGCCAUCAAGCAUUUUUUUCACGAGUUAAAUCACUGCUAUUGUAAUCAACUUUUGAGCAGUGUUCUAAAAUAAAUUUUAAAAAAUUGUGAAUUCAAAAUAUGAGCCAGGAUGUCCUAAAACGGUGUUACUAUCCCGUAAACAACUUACAUAAUGUCAAUUUUUUGUACCAUAUUAGUUCAGAGGUGAAAUGCAUCUAUAUAAAUUGUACUUUAUUUGUAUGUACCAACAGAUUAAAAUUUUAUAAUUUACAAAAGCUUCAUCUCUUAUUUUCUUAUUUGUUUUGUGUGCAGAAACAUAGAAAUGAAUGAAUGGCCUUUUUUUUAAUUAUCCUUUCUCUAGUGUUUCUGUACUUUGAUCAACAUUAAUGAAGCAAUGAUGGCAUGAUCUCAAAUGUGAUGUAAGAAAACAAUCCAUUUAUUUAACUCGCUAAAUAAAGUGCGCUUACAAGAGUUA